GUGGAAGUGUUGUAUUUUGCCAAAAGUGCUGAAAUAGCAGGAACUCGAUCUGAGACCAUUUCUGUGCCACAAGAAAUAAGAGCAUUGCAGCUGUGGAAUGAGAUAGAAACUCUGCAUCCUGGAUUGGCUGAUGUGAAAAAUCAGGUGAUAUUUGCUGUUCGUCAAGAAUAUGUCGAACUUGGAGAUCAACUUCUCCUGCUUCAAUCAGGAGACGAAAUUGCCAUUAUCCCCCCCAUCAGUGGAGGGUAACAGUGCUUUGGAGCCACUUGGGAAAGAUGUGAAUGAAGUAGAAGAGAAAUCUAAAGAUAUAAUAAAAUUCACUGCUGAGAAACUUUCAGUAGAUGAAGUCUCACAGUUGGUGAUUUCUCCACUCUGUGGUGCAAUAUCCCUCUUCGUAGGGACUACAAGAAAUAACUUUGAAGGGAAAAAGGUCAUUAGUUUAGAAUAUGAAGCAUAUCUACCAAUGGCAGAAAAUGAAGUCAGAAAAAUUUGUGCUGAUAUGAGACAGAAGUGGCCCGUGAAGCACAUUGCUGUGUUCCACAGACUUGGCCUAGUUCCAGUGUCAGAAGCAAGCAUAAUCAUCGCCGUCUCCUCAGCCCACAGGGCUGCCUCUCUUGAAGCUGUGAGCUAUGCCAUAGACACUUUAAAGGCCAAGGUGCCCAUAUGGAAAAAGGAAAUGUAUGACGAAUCAUCAUCAUCUUGGAAAAGAAACAAAGAAUGUUUUUGGGCAACCAAUGAUUAAAUUACAUAAGCUUUUAGAUUGCUAACAUUGGUGAAAAUUUCAUCUUUGAUCACGGUUUGUUUUUUCUUCUCCAAAAGUUAAGAGAGUUUAUUGAAGCACGAUCUCUUAUACUGGUGGGAUAAAAGAGAAUGAAAGCAAAGUUAAUGGGUUUGGGAUAAGGAUUUGUACAGGAACUAGAAAUAAAGACUUUGGGGAAGAAAUGGAAGGAUAAUUGUGAGCAGCAAAGCCUCUGGUAGAGGAUCGGGUUCUAAUGGCAACUUCCGGCACUGAUGUGUGGCCCUGUCCCCGCUGCCUGUAACUGUCUCAGUGAGAACCUGUUUCCCCCAACUUCUCGGCCACUGACUAAACUUUCAUGAGCAGUGCAUUAUGGGAGUGUUAGCAGAACUAAGAGUUAUAAAAAUGUGUUAUCAGAGAGUCAAUAUUAUUUUUCUUGGAAUUUUUAUAUUUAAAUGAGCUAAAUAAAAAUGUUUAAGUAGCA